CUAAAAUCAGAUUUUCUUGUUUUUGCCGUUUUUGCUAGCCUUAUCACGUUCUGCUGUGAUUUUUGUAGUUUUUAAUAAGAAAAUACACCAUGGACAGCAAACAGAAGGUACUAAUUGUUGGUGAUGUGAAUGGAAAGUUGAAAUCCUUUUUCGCGCGCAUUGAAAACGUAAACAAAAAGACCGGUCCCUUCGAUUUGGUAAUAUGUGUGGGCAACUUCUUUGGAUCGUCACCGGAAAUAACCGAAUUGAACGAGUACAAAACCAACCGGAAGACAAUUGCUAUCCCGACCUACAUUCUUGGCCCCAACGAUGAAAGCUCCGCCAAGUUCUACAAAGAUGCGCAAGACGGUGAUUUAUGCCCUAAUUUAAGCUAUCUUGGCAAACGGGGUAUUUAUGCGACUUCUAGCGGUCUCAAAAUUGCCUAUGUCAGUGGGACGGAAGCCGACGGUGAUACUCCCAAGUCCGUACCUCAGUGGAAAUUUACCAAAGAAGACGUUAUGGCCGUGCGGGAUUCUUGCUUUGCUAGCAAAUCCAACAUGGGAGAUUUCCGAGGCGUGGACUUGUUGGUAACGUCUCAGUGGCCGGCAGGAAUAAAAGAUGAAGCAAAAACUAGUUCAAAACGCAUUGCCUGGCUAGCGGAUGCGAUAAAGCCACGAUAUCAUGUUUGCGGACUUAAUGGAGACUAUUAUGAACCCCCACCGUAUCGCAACAAACCGGACAAGAAUACUCAGAUGGAACUGGCGACCCGUUUUAUCGCUCUGGCUGAGUUUGCAAACCCAGAGAAAAAGAAGAAUAUCUACGCGCUGAACGUAACCCCAGUUGAGAAAAUGCGAAUCAUUGAACUAAUUCAGAAAACCACCGACGAAGUGGUUUCUCCGUAUGCUGACAUGUGUUUCGUUGAAGGUGACAAAGGUGCAAAAGAAGAUCGUGGAAAUCAGUAUUUUUAUGAUAUGAAUGCAUACGACGAUAGUAGCCGUAAGCGAAGAAGUCAAGGCAAUCGCAUCAGCGGAAACCAGGAUCAAAAGCGAACUAAACCGUCCUUUGAUCAGGAGAAAUGCUGGUUCUGUUUGUCCUCCGGCUCAAUUGAAAAGCAUCUGAUCAUUUCGGUUGGCGAACAUUUCUAUCUGGCAUUGGCAAAGGGACCGGUUAACGAAACUCAUAUCUUGAUCCUUUCCAUAACACACAUUCAAAAUGCGUCGCUGCUCUCUGUUGAGCAAUGGGCCGAACUGAACAAAUUCAAAGACGCCCUGACACAGUUCUUCAAAGAUCGCGAGGAAACGAUUUUUCUCUAUGAGAGGAACUACAAAACGGGUCACCUGCAGAUCAAUGCUAUCGGGGUGGAUAACAAUGUGGCAUGGAAAAUUCAGCAUGUUCUGGAAGACAAAUCCGAGGAGCAUAACAUAACAUUGGAAACGGUGCCGAAACCUUUGGCACCAUCGGAUCUACCUCAAAAGUGCCCCUAUUUUGUGGCGGAACUUCCCGAUGGUAAUGUCAUGUUUACGAAGCAGAUGAAAAACUUCCCCCUGCACUUUGGCCGUGAGAUUAUCUGCGCGGAUAACCUGCUCAAUUGCGAAGAAAAGGUCGACUGGCGCCAAUGCAACCUGGCAAAGGAAGAAGAGGAAGCAAUAACGAUGAAGUUCCGCGAAAGUUUCAAACCGUACGAUUUCACGGUUUAAGUCAAGGACGAAGAAUUAGCUUAAUUUUAUUUGUUUUCUUGAAUUUUUGUAUUUGACAAUUUCAUCCUUAAAGGACUUAUUCUCUUUUCGAAAGGGAUAUUAACUGUAA